UCUCCUUUUUCGUCUCCUCCGCCCCGCGAAAUUCACCGCCGGCGACGACGCGAUCGAUCCUCCCUUCCCUCGUCCCUUCGGAAAUCGCGACCCCAUCCCCUCGAUCCGCCUCGACGGCCUCCGCUCCGCAAUCGCCGCCGCCGCCGCUCCUCGCGAGACCCUCCUUGGAAAUCCCCUCGCGCCUCCGUCGCGGCGCGCGAUGAGCUCGGAAUUCGGACGCCGACCCGCGAAGCCGGUCCUGGGUCUCUCUUCGUUCGCCCGUUCGGAUGAAAACCCACGUCGUUAAUUUCGCCACACCCUAGGUUUUUCCGGCCCACGGUAGCGGUUUUCUUCGCGUAGCCUUUCCUGUCGUGGGGGGCGAAUCGAAAUCCAUGUAGGUGCGCUUCGGAGUGAAUCUGUCGUAUAGCUUCCUGAUUUGCGUUCGACCCUUGAGGAUGGACCCGAGCGGGGGUCAUGCGGUGCUCGAUAUCAGCUCCGACGGCGAAGGGAGAGGCUUCGGUAGUGACGGUGAUGAGUGGAUUCCCCGGCUCCUUAGAGAUGAUCCGGACGAAGUGGUUUUGGUGAAGGAGGUCAAUGCGAAGUCAAAUUCGGACAAAUUUUUGGCGGAUGAUGAUGAUGAUGAUUGCGUGGUGUUGGAUGGAGAUCCUGAGAAGUCGGUCUCCGUUUCCGAUGAUGCGGGGGACGGAGGUUCGGAUGAUCUGCUCAUUGUUGGAGAGAAGGGUCAGGUUGCAUGUAGAGACUAUCCUCAUCCAAGGCAUGAUUGCGUUAUACUUCCUUUCAGCUCAACCUUGCACGAGAAGCACUGUAACUGGUGCCAUUGUUAUGUAUGUGAUUCACCUGCACCAUGCGCAUACUGGGGAAAAGGUUUGACAAAUGUUGACCAUUGUGAUGCCAAUGACAAACAGGAGAAAUGGAAAGUCUGCAGAAAGUAUUUUAAGCAGGGUAGAAAUCCUUUUAUGCCCAUUUCGAGUUCUCUUCCUGAUCCUGUCUCUAUGGUACUUCCACAACUUACUCAAGCUCUGCCUUCUAUAAACACCCCACCGCCAACCAACUCUAUACCACAAAAUCUUGUGUCAAGGCCAAUGAUUUUUCAGCCAUGUUCUUCCCCAACUGGAUCAAGUGUUUCAAGUGAUAUACAAAACAGCAGGAGGCACCAUCCAGGGCAUGUCUCAAGAAGCAGAUUCCAGCCACGCUCGUCGUCAGAACAGUUGCAUCGGGCACAUCAUGUCAUUCAGAAGGAUAGAGUUCAUAGAGAUAGUUACUUGGGGCUUGGGGCCUCAUCUUGUUUCACCCAUUGUGCCACAUAAAAGGACAAGGACCGUUGCUAGUUUUCUGCCAGUAAGCAGAGCUGCAUGAGGUCCAAACAACAUCAGUUACAUGCCUUAUUUACCAUCUUCGACAAAUUCAAUAGACAAUACCAUAGUUAAUCAAAAUCAUAUCAGAAGGCAGAAUAUUCCUUACAGUUUGAAUCUAGUAUCUUCUACUAAUUUGAGCAGCUGUUCGCCCAACUUAAUUGGUGUUUCUUCAAGUAGGAUGCUUUCUCAAGACAGCAGUGAUGGUCUGGGUAGUAAUUAAUCACUCGGUGGGCAAAACAUCCAUCAGCGUCACAGCCAACCUAGCACAAUACCAAGUGUCUCAGAUAGCCUUUACUUGGAUUAACGAUUCCCUUCAAGCAGAUGACAAGCCUCCUGCUCCACCUGCAGCUGAGAGCAUUCAUAUCCCGAUUACAGAGCCCACGCGUGAGGCACAGCCUGCAAGAGAGUUUAAUACUGCCGUGGCUGGAAGUUUUGACAUCGGUGCGGCAGGUGUCGAGGAUGUCGACUUUGAUCAUUGGUGGUUGGAGACCAGAUCCCAGAGGAUAAUUUUGCCCCUGUGCCUGCAGAUGUAGAUUUGGUAUGCUCUUAUUUGUCUGAAAUCACAAGAUGAUAAAAACUCCAUUCGUCUUGGAAAUGUAUAAAUGUUACCUCUAAAUACAAACAAAGGUUUUUUCUCUU